AUGUCUGAUACUGCUGAGUUGCGUUAUAAGUCUUUAUCUUCGAACAAGUCAGUGCUGGCAUCAUUGUCUGAUCUAACAAAUAAUUUCAAUAGAUUAUCAUCUCUAGUGUCUGAGCUUUUAGUUGAAAAUACGAAAUUGCUCUCUGAAUUAGAUGAUUUGAAGUUGAAGUCGAAUAAUUCGGACGCAACAGGGUCUUCUGUGCAAACACCUGUCCUUGUAUCUCAUAUAUUUCAAGAAACAUUUGAGCUUGAGAGAUGCGCCUCCGACGCUAUCGUCUAUGGUAUCACUGAAUCUGCUCAUGCAACUAUUUUCGAACGUAUCUUAGAUGCAGAACCGCGAUCAAUCGUAUUUUUAGUUAUAUAUUCUCGCGACUGCUAG